AUGAAUUGCGAUAUUCGUUGUACCCGAGCCUUGAAUUCUCGACAUGAGCAGAAGUGGCAGACAAUUUCUCAUUCGGAUAUACCGCCAGAGAGUUUGGGGGAAACGGGGGCCCUGAGCUUGAAGCCGCCGACUGAGGAGGACCUGAGACAAUCAGCUGCUCUGGAAGAGGCCCUUACACAAAUGGAUGUAUUCGAGAGUCGGGAGGAGAUGCAUCAGCGGCGGGAGGCCCUAAGUAAACUGCAAGAAAUGUCAAACCGCUGGAUUUACAAGAAGGCUGUGGAACAGAGCCUGCCGGAGCACAUCGCACUCUCCACAACCGGCAAAAUAUUUACCUUUGUGUUUCACUGGUGUCUGGCGUCCUGCAUAUGCCUCUAA